AUGAUCAGGAAAACUAAGAUCUCGAAAGAGAACAACUCCGAACUCGAAGUUCAAGAGGAGUAUCUUGCGGCAGCACGUGCUAUGGCACGUUGCAUCGAUCUAUUUUGCAACGUGGAGAAACUCCUAAGGGUAGGUCUACUCCUACAGCAAGAGCAGGCCGCGGAGAAUGGAGAAUUGGAAGAGUCGGAGGCUGAGCGCGAAUCCUGUCAGAAAAGGCUUGCAAGUCUUUCAACCAAUACCCUCGAUCGGUACAAGCGCAACUAUCAGCAGUUGCUUCAACUGGCUCCGGGACUCCAAUCACUUAUUACUGAUCGCACGAAGUCCAAGGAACUCACUCAGAUCGCACGAAAGAUGACUGCUGUCCAAAUCGGCCACUAUGCGGCGCCUGAACCAUUAAAAGAAGGUUUGAAGCCUACAAUUUAUAAUGGUGGCUCACUGUCCAGGGCGCAUAUGGGCAUCAAUCACCCUGUGCUUGCUUCUUUUCUUUGUCCGAUAUCAGCACUCGCUGAUUUCAACCGAGAUCCCGCAUUGGCCCGAAAAUGGAUGGAGAUCGGACAUAUUCGUAUGACCUCAAUCGACUUUCCGGUGUUUCUGUGGGCCGGAAAUCCUCCUGGCAGCAGGUACGACGAGGAUGCCAUGCACGAGGGCCUGUUCCAGGGCUAUCUCAUCGAGCGUAUAAUGCGUCAUAUUUUUACAGGUCCGUCCACUGCAUUAGAGCAUAUAGCAUAUGCUUGCGUUCAGGCACGCUUCGCCAUCAGCAACAAGAACAAAUGGUCCGAAGCGGACGGCGAAUUCAACAACCGAGCCUUUUACUACAACAUCAUCGACUUCAUUCGUGAGUGCGAGGACAGAGAUUGGGCAGAGGGACUUCUCAAAUGGUGGAACAGGGCAUUGUUUAAGAAUGAAAAUGGGCGCGAAGGUGGAACGACUAUAACUGACGACAACGGACCAGGCAACGCGGCUGGCUCUUCCUCGGCUCCAAUCAAUGGCCUAGCCAAGAUGCGAGCGCAGAUGGCCGCUCGUGCCAGCACUGCCAAACAACCUGCAGCACCUGAACUCACUCCGACUAUCCCAACGCCACCUCAAAGCUCUGUCACCCCGGAACCGGAACUCCCCCCACUGCCAAUUGCUUCUGUCACCCCGGAACCGGAACUCCCCCCACCGCCAAUCGUUUGA